AUGGACCACGACCACGACUACGGGUACGACGACCACCAUGACUGGCAUGGAGGAGCUGGUGAGACCGGGGACCAUGGGUACGGAAUGACUGGUGAGGGCGACGACCAGCAUCCCACGUGGGACUCGGUCUUGUCAGAGAUACACGUCCACAUCGAUACCUACGAACAGCAUCAAAUGGACAACACUGCGCCCGAAGAAGACAAGCAGAACAAUAUGCGCCGCACCCUGAAAGCCAUCAAGCGACUUGCGAGACAACUGCGAGAGAUGGACCCCACCAGCGAAGAGGCCCAUGAGUAUUACAAAUUGACCAAGCGCGCGCACAGGGGCAGAUAUGCAGGCGAGCAUGAGGACGAGGACGAGGACGAGGAGGGAACGGGUGCGAUUGAAUACAAAUUGGAGAUGAUGGCGGAAUCUGACGACGACUCUGGAAUGGACUCGGACUCGGACGCCGAACAGGACGACCCUGAGAAUGGCUGGGCUGAUGAUCCGGAGGGAGGCUGGGACCAUGGUCAUGGUGAGGGUGAGGGUGAGGGUGAGGAAGGGUACGGUGGUGAGGAGGACCCUGGACAAGGGGGUGAAUGGGGGAACGAUUAUCACCACGGAGGCGACCACGAAGGGAACGGUUACGACCAUGGAGCUGACCACGACGGCAAUGGUCAUGGACAGGGAGAUGAUUACGACGGGCAUGAUGAUGAACAUGGCGGGCAGAACCACGGCCACGGCCACGACCAGCACCAAUAUGGUCACGGCGAUGGCGGGUAUCAGGGAGGCGACAAUGACUAUGACCAGCCAGAGUACUCGCCGCACCACCAUGGCCAUUGCUAG